AUGGGCCACAAACAAAGCGUUGACUUAAGAAACGGAGGGGGAGUAGCAAUUGUCUCCGCCCCUUCGCCGUUCGAUGACUUGCCAGAGGAUUGCAUAUCCAACAUAAUAUCUUUUACUAGUCCAAGGGACGCUUGCAUCGCCGCUACGGUUUCUAAAACCUUUGAAUCAGCUGUCCAAUCCGAUACCGUAUGGGACAAGUUUCUCCCAUCGGAUUAUCCAUCUCUAAUUCCUCCAUCGCGAGUUUUUUCAUCAAAGAAGGAGCUCUAUUUCGCUUUAUGCGACAAUCCUAUUCUAAUCGACGAUGGCAAAAAGAGCUCCUGGUUAGAGAGAGGGUAUGGGAAAAAGUGUAUCAUGUUAUCUCCGAAGAAAGAUAUGUGGAUCACAUGGGUUAAUACUCCUCAGUAUUGGCGAUGGAUCUCACUUCCUGAAGCUAGGUUUGAAGAAGUACCAGAGCUUCUCAAUGUGUGUUGGUUUGAAGUCCGAGGGGGCAUGAGUACUAAAUACUUAUCUCCUGGAACUCGUUACUCGGCUUACAUUGUGUUUAAGACAAAGGAUAGAUGCCCUAAUCUGGGGGAUGUGCCAGCAGAAGCUACAGUUGGAUUAGUGGGACAAGAAUCUUCUCAAAGAUUCAUAUACUUUGUUGGGCCUCCCGCGGAUCGAAGGAGAGACAGAGAAACGAGAGAUGUAACGAAACCAAAAAUGAGAAAUGAUGGAUGGAUGGAAGCUGAGCUUGGUGAAUUCUUCAAUGAAUCAGGUUGUGAUGACAUUGAAACAAGUGUUCUUGAGACUAAGACUCCUUAUUGGAAGCGCGGUUUGAUCAUUCAGGGGAUAGAGUUCCGUCCUACCAAAAUCCGGUAAAGUAAUACCCGGUUUCCUUGAUUGAUUCCGGUUUAUGUUUGUUUGCUUUUUAGUCAAAAGCUUUGCUGCAUUGUAACACAAAGUAUUAUAUGUUUUUGGACUGCUCGUUUGUGUAUUCUGUUGUAAUCUUUCUCACAUGUACAAACUCAACAAAUGUAUUUUAUUUUCUUAUCAUCUGCAAUGCUUUUGUACACUUUA